UCUUUUGCAGCCCUUUUCUGGGCGCUGAGAGCUUUACGGCUUUGGUGCAUUAUGUUGUUGAAGUUCAGCCUCGCUGUGGUCUCUCGGCGUGUUUUUCUGAGGAAGGGCGUCCCGAGCUUUUCCUGCAGACCCGCUGCGCCCAUGUCGACGCUGCUGAUCAGUCAGUCUCAGUAUGCGUGGCUCAAAGAGCUAGGACUGAAAGAAGAAAACGAGGGUGUUUAUAAUGGCACCUGGGGAGGAAGAGGAGAGGUCGUGACAACAUAUUGCCCUUCUAACAAUGAGCCAAUAGCCAGAGUUCGUCAGGCCAGCUUGGAAGACUAUGAAGAAACAGUUAAAAAAGCCAAAGAGGCUUGGAAAGUAUGGGCAGAGGUUCCUGCACCUAAACGAGGAGAAAUUGUGAAACAAAUUGGUAAUACUUUAAGACAGAAAAUCAAAGUCCUGGGAAACCUGGUUUCCUUAGAGAUGGGGAAAAUCCUUAUUGAAGGCGUUGGUGAAGUCCAGGAAUAUGUGGAUAUCUGCGAUUAUGCUGUUGGUUUAUCCCGAAUGAUUGGAGGACCAAUCUUGCCUUCUGAAAGACCUGGUCAUGCCUUAAUAGAGCAAUGGAAUCCUGUGGGAUUGGUAGGAAUCAUCACCGCCUUUAAUUUUCCUGUAGCAGUUUAUGGCUGGAACAAUGCAAUUGCAAUGGUCUGUGGCAAUGUUUGCCUUUGGAAAGGUGCUCCUACAACAUCCCUUGUGAGUGUAGCUGUUACAAAAAUAAUUGCCCAGGUUUUGGAGGAUAACAAACUCCCUGGUGCAAUCUGUUCUCUUACAUGUGGUGGAGCAGAUAUUGGCAACGCAAUGGCGAGAGAUGAAAGAGUUGAUCUUCUCUCCUUCACUGGUAGCACUAAUGUGGGCAAGCAGGUAGCACUGACAGUACAGGAAAGAUUUGGACGGAGUUUGUUGGAGCUUGGUGGAAACAAUGCUAUUAUUGUAUUUGAAGAUGCAGACCUUAAUCUAGUCAUUCCAUCAGCUCUCUUUGCGGCUGUGGGGACAACAGGCCAGAGGUGCACAACAGCCAGAAGGCUGCUUUUGCAUGAAAGCAUCCAUGACGAAGUAGUGGAAAAACUCUCUAAGGCAUAUGCACAAAUUCGUAUUGGAGAUCCUUGGGAUGCUAACACCCUGUAUGGUCCCCUGCAUACAAAGCAAGCAGUGAAGAUGUUCCUGGAUGCAGUGGAGCUGGCCAAGCAGCAAGGAGGCUCUGUGGUCUAUGGUGGAAAGGUUAUAGAGCGUCCUGGAAAUUAUGUUGAACCAACCAUUGUGACUGGUCUUCCACAUAAUGCAUCCAUUGUGCAGACAGAAACAUUCGCCCCUAUUCUCUAUGUGCUAAAAUUCAAGACAGAAGAAGAAGCCUUUGCUUGGAACAAUGAAGUGAAACAAGGUCUCUCCAGCAGCAUCUUUACCAAGGAUUUGGGCAGGAUAUUCCGAUGGCUUGGGCCUAAGGGAUCAGACUGCGGCGUUGUAAAUGUUAAUAUUCCAACUAGCGGGGCUGAAAUUGGAGGCGCUUUUGGUGGUGAAAAACACACAGGUGGCGGAAGGGAAUCUGGCAGUGACUCAUGGAAACAAUAUAUGAGACGAUCAACCUGUACAAUCAAUUACAGCAAAGAUUUGCCUUUGGCUCAAGGGAUCAAGUUUCAAUAACCACCUUCCAGAUGCUCUACCUUGACUGAACUUGGCAUUUAAGAACUCAGAAUCUGUUUAUUUGAGCCUGAUGAGAUUGCUACAGAGAAGCAGCUAGCAUUGAGAUAUAUAGUAGUGGCUGUAGUUUUCACUUCCAGAAAAGGUGAUUAUGUUGAACAGUACAGUAAUUUCAAUAAUGUAUACAGGAUUCUGAAUCUGUUUCCAGGGAUUCAUAUGAUUGGAGAGGGGGGGAUCUUUUCUAUGUUUAUGUGAAGCUUGCGUUAUGACCUGUAAAAUCACAAGAUUUUUUAAAAUGUGCUUUGGAAAUAAACUUAAGUGCUCAGUGCAUCUGAAAAUGCAUAAUUAUACAAUGUAAAAAUAAAUUUUUAAACAGGC